CCCCCAUAUCCGUGCGCCGAGCUGAUAAAGGCGCCAUUUUGGAGGGGCCGCGGGAGACGUGGUGUCGCUGCGGGCUUGCUCUGCCGUGCGCUAGGCUUGGUGGGAAGGCCUGUGCUCGAGUCCGCGCUUUUCGUCGCCGCCAUGUCGGGAGGUGGUGUGAUUCGUGGCCCGGCAGGGAACAACGAUUGCCGCAUCUACGUGGGUAACUUACCUCCAGACAUCCGAACCAAGGACAUUGAGGACGUGUUCUACAAAUACGGUGCUAUCCGCGACAUCGAUCUCAAGAAUCGCCGCGGAGGACCGCCCUUCGCCUUCGUUGAGUUCGAGGACCCUCGAGACGCGGAAGACGCGGUGUAUGGUCGCGACGGCUAUGAUUACGAUGGAUACCGUCUGCGGGUGGAGUUUCCUCGAAGCGGCCGUGGUACAGGCCGAGGCGGCGGCGGGGGUGGAGGUGGCGGGGCUCCCCGAGGCCGCUAUGGCCCCCCGUCCAGGCGUUCUGAAAACAGAGUGGUUGUCUCCGGACUGCCUCCAAGUGGAAGCUGGCAGGAUUUAAAGGAUCACAUGCGUGAAGCAGGUGAUGUAUGUUAUGCUGAUGUUUACCGAGAUGGCACUGGUGUCGUGGAGUUUGUACGGAAAGAAGAUAUGACCUAUGCAGUUCGAAAACUGGAUAACACUAAGUUUAGAUCUCAUGAGGGAGAAACUGCCUACAUCCGGGUUAAAGUUGAUGGGCCCAGAAGUCCAAGUUAUGGAAGAUCACGCUCUCGAAGCCGUAGUCGUAGCAGAAGCCGUAGCAGAAGCAACAGCAGGAGUCGCAGUUACUCCCCAAGGAGAAGCAGAGGAUCACCACGCUAUUCUCCCCGUCAUAGCAGAUCUCGCUCUCGUACAUAAGAUGAUUGGUGACACUUUUUGUAGAACCCAUGUUGUAUACAGUUUUCCUUUACUCAGUACAAUCUUUUCAUUUUUUAAUUCAAACUGUUUUGUUCAGAAUGGGCUAAAGUGUUGAAUUGCAUUCUUGUGUAAUAUCCCCUUGCUCCUAACAUCUACAUUCCCCUCAUGUCUGAUAAAUUGUAUUUUAAGUGAUGUCAUAGACAGGAUUGUUUAAAUUUAGUUAACUCUCCAUGCUCUUCAGACUGUGAUAUUGUGUAAAUGUCUAUUCUGCUCUGGUUUGUGUGAACUGGGAUGUUGGGGGUGUUUGUGGUUAUCUUACCUGGGGAAGUUCUUAUGUUUAUCUUGCUUUUCAUGUGUCUUUCUGUAGACAUAUCUGAAGAGAUGGAUUAAGAAUGCUUUGGAUUAAGGAUUGUGGAGCACAUUUCAAUCAUUUUAGGAUUGUCAAAAGGAGGAUUGAGGAGGAUCAGAUCAAUAAUGGAGGCAAUGGUAUGACUCCAAGUGCUAUUGUCACAGAUGAAAUUGGCAGUAUUGACCUUAUACUAAAAGGCAAGGGUUGAAAGUGAUUAUAUAUAUAUAUACAUCUACCUUAAAACAUUUGCAAACAUCUUAUGCAGUUAUCUUUAGCUACAAUUGCUUUGCUCUUUAAACCUUGGCAAUUGUGGCAAAAUUAUAUUGCCCAUUUUGUAACAGUUUAUUUUGCUCCCUUCCCCCCUUUUUUGUUUUAAUAGGGACUAAUGUGGGAAGAACUGGCUAAUUUGUCACAGUGCUUAGUUACAACUGUUAAUGUGUGACCUGCUGUUGGUGUACAUGUGGGUACAGGGUGUCUUUAAUUCCAACCAGAUAGAGUAUAAUAUCAAUACUGCUAAAUCUGCAUGUCCUCUGUGUGACUGAUAUAGCGUUGCUAUUUCAUUUUUUUAAGACAAAAUGAAAGCAAAAUAGAAUUCCAAUGUAUUGGUGUAGAUAAUCUAGUUGGGAAUACUUUUAAGUCUCACCUUCCCCUUUUAAACUAAUAUUCAUAAUUGACUCAUGUUUAAAACACUUUAAUUUACAAAUUAAAUUGCAGAUGGGAGCAUUAGGUUUAGUUUAGACUUAGGGUGGGUAGCAAUACCAGUAAACUUUUCAACUACAUAACUUUUUGCAACCACAAAACCUGUAAUACGCUGUACAGUAACAAGUGUUGGCAUUAUCAGUUGAACUGUAAAUAUAAAAUGCUUCUUCCAAUUAGUCUCUAUGAUGAUUAAGUUUCUAAAAUUUAUCUGAACACCAUUCAGAAACUUGUUUUGGGGAAUUUGAUAGUUAUUGAUGUACAUCUGUUAAACUGAUGACAGACAUAACUCAUCAUUCCCCAGAAACCUUUUUUGAUUACAGUAUCUAACAUUUUGCCUCCUCUUUUUUGGUUUUGCUGGUUAUAAAGGUUUGGAUUGGAGAGGGCUCACUGGAUCCCAAUCCUUGGAGCUGGAUCAUUGGAUUCAAAUCAUAAUGUGGAUAGGAUAGGGAGGAUGAAUUACAAGGAUUCAUGGAGCGGGAUCAGAUUACCAGGAACAUAGGAGUGGAUUCCUGCCCCAACCAAACCGCAUUCGUGUGGAUAUUUUUUUUUUAUUCAACUUAAUUGGCUAUUCCAAAGAUUUUUUUUUUCCUAUUUUUGACGAUUGGAGCCCUUAAGAUGCACGAUGGAAUUGUGUUUUGCAUUUUUUGGUAAAAGGAGCAAAGCGAGGACCUGGAGAUAAUACGCUGGAGCAAUCUCCUUGGAAGGAUUCAGCACGAGUAGAUGGUAAACAUUUAAAGGGGAAAGGGGGGGUUUGUUUAAAUAGUAAAUCAGUAAGUCACUUCUAAAUUUAAAGAACAAAAUUGGAGUUGAAGAAUAAGUAGGUUUCCAAUUGGCUAUUGCCGUUUUUCUUUGAAAAAAAUAAACAUUUUUUAAAAAACUA